AUGGGAUUCCUCAGGAAGUUCUCCAAGCAGACCCGCAAGCUCAAGUCCCUUCUCGAGCUCACCGUCUCACGUGUAGCCAUCGCCCGCAAGCCGCGCCUUGCUCGCAAGUCCAUUGCCUCCGGCGACGUCUGCCAGCUCCUCUCCCUCGGCCAAACCGACCGCGCUCUCCAGCGUGUGCGUGUAGAGCAGGUCAUAAAGGAGGACAACAUGUUGGAGGCGCUCGGCAUCAUAGAGCUCUACUGCAAGUGCCUUGUCAAGAAAGCCGAUCAGCUAGACAAGCCCAAGGAAUGCAGCGAGGAGGUAAAGGAAGCAGUUGCCGGACUCGUAUUUGCUGCCAAGCGGUGCAGUGACCUGCCGGAGCUACAGUCUGCCCGCAACAUCCUCGUCGACAAGUUCGGCGACGAUAUCACUGCCGACGCCAAGGUGGGCACCGCGGUCGUCGAGCCGAUGCUGGUGUGGAAGUUGUCCGGAGACACGACAAGCAUUAGCCUGAAGAAGAAGGUGCUCAAAGAGAUCGCCGCCGAGAACAAUAUCUCGGUGGAUUUGUCCAAGUCCCCAUAA